AUGCCGCCGACACCCUCGCAGCGCCGCACCUUGACCGAAGAGAAUCCAUCGCUCUCCGAUGAUGAUGUUGGCUUCCUCUAUCAAGUCAUUAGCCGCGCCGAAGGGAAGCCUGAAGCCGAUCGGCUGCCAUUCCGAGCACUUUUCGCCGCGUAUGACGAGGUCAUCGGCGAACAUGGCAUCGAUGCGGAUCCAGGUCAUGCGUGCCUGCGGUUUCUCUUCAGGAUGGGGAGCAAGGAUGUCGAGGGGACCACAUUGUUCGAGAGAUUCGAGAGUGCGCUUCAGCAGAUGGGGAUCCUGAUCGAGUUUGGGGAGGAUUACUCUACUGGCCCCAAGGAUACGACAAACAUCACUUUUCCUCCUUCUGACAACGAAGUGAGUCGACCAGGGCAAGCGCAACAUCGCUCCCUACCAAGUGAAACUCCGAUCACACCCAGACGACGCGCCUCAUUCAAUACAACACUCGACAUUGGAGAGGAUGCCACUCAGAAAAGUCUGGCGGAGCGCCCAAGUUCGCGAGCAUCAAUGUCGCGACUCCAGACUGGUAAAAUGGACUUCUCAAAUGCGACGACUCCUUCGAAGCGCAGAGCUCAGAAUCAACGCUCAAGGAGUCCAGAUCGCACGCAUUUGCUCGCGCAGUUUCUGGAGGUUGGUCGCAGGCUCAUAAGUCGGUUUGAUUCUGUACAACAAGCGAACAAAAGCGAGUCGCAGGGGAAGUCUGCGUCAACAAAUAGCAUGGAUAUACGCUCAGCGGUUCAGCACGACCGGUCGAAGCGAAUGGCCGCAGCGACAAAACCUCGUCGCUCGCUCUCGAUAAGUUCAUCGACGACAUCAGGGUCUGAGAAAUCAAUGUCCGAAGCGUCACAAGCGACAGGACAUGGUUCUAUUGAAAAAGAGAAAGCCCCCCCGGAGAUGCUUUACCGACCCCAACUUUCAGACUUGCUUCGGGAUGCGUCCACAUUUAACAUGUAUCGACAGAGAGCUAAUUGCCGUCGAAUCCUCACACAAUGGCUGAAGCGUGCUUUCCAGGCACGACAGCUUCGUGAAACUCGAGAGGUUGUUGCAUUCAAUCGCGAUCGUCUUACACUACUCCGGCAAGCUUUCGAACCGUGGCGCGCUAUAAUCCAAAACAAGCGUCAUACGGCUCGGACGGAGCGGUUCUUCAAGCAUCUGGAGGAGCGCGCCUGUCGAGCUCGUGAUUUAUAUCUAUUGACAAAGUCAUUCACCCACUGGGCUCAAUUGACUUCUGAAGAAGUCGCCCGCACCUCUGCCGCGCGGAGACACGUGUUGAGCGUGAAGUACUUCAAAGCCUGGCGGGAAAUCACUGCUGUCAAUGAGCUGAAGGCUCAAAGGUUCGCUUUACGGCGGCCAUUUGAGAAAUGGCGCAACCGAGUCGGCAGCUUGAGAACUGCCGAAGCCAACGCCGUCGCGGUGCAUAAUCGCCAUUUAAUGCACACCACUUAUUGGCAGUGGUUUUGGGGCUUUUGUGAUCGUCGUGCCCCCGAAUGGUACGACAAUCAGCUGAAGAGACGUUCUUUGCUCUACUGGCUUCGCAAUUUUCGUACCAAUCGCGAGCGUGAACACGAGGUUGUGGUGCACACGAAAAGGCAAAGCAUGUUCAACAUCAUCGAUGCCUGGUCUCAAAGAUCGAAGACCAUUACUUCUGCAACAGGAAGAGCCGACGAAUCUUUCCGUCUUCGCGCUCUACAACAGGCCUUUGCUGAGUGGCGAGCUCAGGCCAAGCUCGCUCCGGCGGCUGCCCAAGUAUGUGAAAAGGUUGACAGACGGAUUUUGCGAACCGCUCUUGUCAAAUGGGUCGGAAAAGCUCGUCUGGUUCAGAAAGCCCUGGAGGUGGAUCGCGUCCGCAUAGAACGAAAUGCAUGGGUAUCAUGGAAUGACACACUCCGGUGCCUAGCUCUGCAAGCGCGAAUCAAUGAGCGCUUGAAAAUGGAGAUUAUGUACAAAUGGAUAUUGAUGGAAAGAUUCCAGCUGAUGCGCCGCAUACGGGAGCAGCGCAUCAAGCGUGAAGUAUUUUCUCGCUUUGUCACCAACACUCGCGAGACUUACUCCCAACUGCUCUCUAAUGCUGAGAUUCACGAAGAUCAUUGGGCCGAGGAGCUGAUGCGAUCUAAGUUUGCUAUCUGGCGAGAUCAAUUAGUGCUCCAACGCCAACGGGAGUACACUGCAUUUGAAUUCUAUGCUCCGCGCCUCGCCGAGGAAUCCCUUAUGGCUUGGCGAUCAAAGCAUCAGCAAAUUGCGAAGAUGGAGACGUGGGCGCGCGAUGCCCAGUACUAUUUCCUCACGAAGCGUUUUCUCAAGAAAUGGCGCCAAGCCACGCUGGAGUCCGCUAAGCAACGGCGCAAAGAUGCCUAUUCAAAGAUGCGGCGGAAGGUCAAGGUAAACAUGGCAACCAAGGUGUUGGCUGUGUGGGCCUCGAAGACUCAGGUGAUCACCAGCAUGGCGGAACAGGCUGUGGAGCUUGAGCGGCAGAAAACGCUUAGUGACGUGGCUGAUAUCUUCAGUGACUGGCAUGCAAAGACUCUGAAAAGGGUUCAGGACUACCAGGAGGCUGAUUUGCACUACUUCCGUCAGAUUGCUUUCGAUCACCUGAUCCAGCUUUCCGAAACCUUCGUCAUUCGCCGCGAGAUGGAAGACCGAGCCGACUCAGUGUACCGCAGGCACGUUCUUGCCCAAGCUGGGGCCUCACUUCGCAAGCUCAGCCUGCGUAUCUUCCAGAUCGGCAGCACGGUCGAGACCGCCGAAGCCAUGCGCGAGAGAACCGUGCGAAAGCAUUCGCGAAAUCUGUUCCGCAACUGGUUGGAGACCACGCGCCUAAAGCUCGAGGCGCGUGACUCGUUCGAACCAGCUGUGAGCUCCACUCCGCACUUGAAGUUUGGGGAGGUAGAGCGUCCCAGAUCUGCGCUGUUUGACCCAUGGUUUCAAGCCGGAUCUGAAACCCCCUUCAGGAUGACCGAUUUCACCACCAACUCCAUCGACCCGGUAGCAGCCAGUCCGCUGGCUACUCCAAAUUACAUGACUUCGCCUUCCAAACGAGCCGCUCGUGCACGAGCACUUGCACAAAUGUCCACCACUCCUGCUACUCCCUUACAUACCCCUUUUGCUAGUCGACUUCUCCGUGCGGAAGCUUUGGCGCCUCGUUCGGCCUCCUCGCGUCGCUCACAACCAGGCCGUCGAACGAUGACGGGAACGAGUGUUCGAUUUGUGGAUGAAGAGCUUCCCGAAUCCCCUACCGAUAGUCGCAGGUCGGCAAACCGUCAGUCCAACCAUGUCUCCAGGGCAUGA